CCAUAUUUCUCAUCCGGCUACACUUCUAGAUUAAACUACUGAUUUAAGUACAUUUCAGUCUCUGAACUUGGGGCCUACUUAGAAUGUAAACACACAACCCGAAUGCGCAUCUCCUGUACAUGCGAACAUGCCCCUUCAUGCUGCGGGUUGAUGACGUCAGAUUAGACGAACAAGUCAUGUUACUGUAGUCCCAUUUCCUUCUUCCUGACUAGCCUUUUCUGCCCAGCCGCGGAAUCCGAAGGAAUAAUGUCUCAUCAAACGGGUAUUGAAGCUGCUGAUGAUGUGAAAGAAUUAUUUGCCAGUGCCAGGAAUGGGGACUAUCGGCUGCUGAAAAUUGUGAUUGAGAAUGAGCAGUUAGUGGUUGGUGGAUCCAAGCAAGCAGCUCAAAGCUGGGACCAAGAGUAUGAUUCCUCUAUCCUACCUCUGUUAGAAAAUGACCUACCCUGCUACAUCCUUUACCGGCUGGACUCUUCCAACAGUCAGGGUUAUGAGUGGAUCUUCAUGGCCUGGUCCCCUGACCAAUCCCCUGUGCGACAUAAAAUGCUCUAUGCUGCUACGAGGGCCACACUGAAAAAAGAGUUUGGUGGUUCGCACAUCAAGGAUGAGGUGUUUGGAAACGUUAAGGAUGAUGUGUCUCUCAGUGGAUACAGGAAGUACCUGGCUUUCCAGGCCGCUCCUCUGCCUCUGACUGCUGCUGAGGAGGAACUGAGACAGAUCAAACUCAGCUCAGUGACAUCUGACAUCGGCGUGGACACCAAACAGCAGACCCUCCAGGGUGUAGCCUUCCCCUUGCAUGGGGAUGCCAUGAAAGCACUGGAACAAUUCAAGGACAAGAAAGUCAACUACGUUCAGCUCGAAAUCAACUUUGCUAAGGAGCUCAUAAUACUGUCUCACACUGAUCCAACGGAAAUCAAAGACUUGCCAAAAAGGAUUCCAAAGGACUCUGCACGCUAUCACUUCUUCCUGUACAAGCACUCACACGAGGGUGACUACUUGGAAUCCACAGUCUUCAUCUACUCCAUGCCUGGCUACAGCUGCAGCAUCAAAGAAAGAAUGCUCUAUUCCAGCUGCAAAAACCCAUUGGUGGACAUGGUUGAAAGCCACCUUCAUAUUGAGAUUGAAAAGAAGCUGGAGAUUGAGAACGGAGACGAGCUGACUGCAGACUUCCUGUACGAGGAGGUCCACCCCAAGCAGCAUGCCCACAAGCAAGCGUUUGCCAAGCCCAAGGGUCCUGCUGGUAAGAGGGGGGUACGCCGAAUCACCAGGCCGCCAGGAGAUGACGACGGCGAUGAUUAGGCAGACGGACGCUUGCUCACUCCCACUCCCAACCCCACCACCCCUUCCUCACUCCACAGUGGAACAUUCCAGAUGGUGGAGACAAGGCCCAUUCAACAUGAACCUCCAUAAUUUUUUUUUCUUUCUUUUUAAAACCCAAACACAGAUCCACCCUCAACGCUGAACUAUGCACGCACAGGAAGUGACCCUUCCGUUUGUACACACACAUAAACACACACACUUGUAGCAUAUCCAGAUUGAGCGUGUGAGCCAAAUAAGCAUUCCUUGAAUUAUUAGAAGGCUGGAGCAUGGUCAACAAGAGGUUCCACGCUGUUACGUAACGUCAAUUAAACCUUGAAACGUAUUAACUUUAAAAACAAAAAGUGAUUGUGCGCUAGUGCGAGUGAUCUUCCUUGGGCCCAUGUCCAGCAUUUCUCAUUCCAAUUCAUUUAAAUGUCUUUUUAUAUUUUUAAAUGCUACCUAAGGCCUCAGUUACAAUCAAAUGUCUUAACUGCAACCGGCAGCACCAGAACACAACACAGCACAGAAUUAAACAGGGAAUGUGUGAUGUCAUGCAUAGUAUUUUCCAUGCAUAGCCUUUCUUUUUUAUAACACACAAGAAUAAGUCUCAUGUUUUGAUAUAACUGUGGUUUACACAUGGACCCAUCUGCCAAGAAACUUAUUUUUCUAUGCAAGUGUUGUACAGAAAUGGUGUUCUUGUGGGGAAAAAAGUCAUGUCUGUCUGGUAUCUCUCUGUAAAUGGUCACUGCAUGCAUUUAUUGUUUCAGUGAAUGCUCCAAUUUCACAUCAUUGAUAACUUUGUUGCUGUAGCUACCACAAGCUUUCAAAUAGUCUGGGUGCAAAGCAUGCACACUGUAGCAAGAGGUCACUAGAUAGAACUUGGGGUGUCUCAAGAACAUGCUCCUACUGAUGUAAGACCACUACGGAACAGAUCAUGUCCUAGUUAAUGUCUCACUUACAUGAAAUGAUGGAACUGUCUUAGGUAUGGUAUUAAGUAUGCCAUUCUCUGUUUAACAGUUGUAUUUUUAAAAGGAAAUAAAAUAUUUAAAUCUGAAAUGUA